GCUCCACGGCGUCGCUCGGAGGUGGACUACUUGUGGUGCAGCCGCCACAUGGGCGUGGAGGCUGUCAUGCACCCCGCCAACCCCCGGGACAUCUUGACGAUCGACCGGACCCUGCUGCCAAACAACAGGCAUCCAUCGGACCAUUUGCCACUGGGGGCAGUUCUUUUGCCCACCAGAGUGAAGCUGAACGGAGUGUUGGCAAAUGAGGAGCAGCUGGAGAACCAGCUGGAGGAGCAGCUAGAGAACCAGCUGGAGGAGUAG